AUGAAGUUCGCCGUCUCCGCCAUCGCCCUCGGCCUCUCUGCCCAAGCCCUAGCCAAGCCCAGCUUCGUACAACGAAGAGCGACCAAGGUCCAGCGCGACCUCUCUGCGUUCGAGUCGGUAGUCUCGGCCGUCGACUCAGCCGUCAACACAUUCCAGUCGGACGCCUCGUCCUACACAAGCGGUGACCCCAGCACCCUGCUCUCUGACGGGGACAACAUCGUCUCAAUCACCAACAGCGGCGUCUCUACGCUGCAGGGCGAAGAUGACCUGGACACCAGCGAUGCCGUCACACUCAGCACCGACGUUCAGACCUUGAGCACCGAUAUCAAGAGCGCUAUUGACGCCCUUGUCGCAGACAAGUCUGCCAUCGUCGCUGCCGGUGCUGGCGGAGAGGUCGAGUCCAGUCUCCAGGACCAGCUGACUGCCGCCCAGAGCCUGGCCUCGGUCAUCUCGGACAAGGUCCCCUCGGCGCUGUCUGGUGUUGCUGAUGAGCUUGCUUCUGGUAUCACCGAUGCUAUCUCGAGCGGCAUCAGCGCCUACUCCGGCACAGGCAGCACUGCUACUUCUUCCGUCUCUGGCUCAGCUACUAGCGCUGCUACUACUACGGCUUCUUCUGGCACCGUCACGGAGUCUUCCUCUGCCAGUGGUACUGGAAGUGGAACUUUUGUUUCUGCCACUGGUACUGCCACCGGCACUGCUACCGGCACGGCCACCACUACCUCUGUUGGCGUUGUUGGUUCCAGCACUGCGGUGGCCACUGCGACCACCUCUGGAACUGGCUUUGCCUCUUCCUCUGGCGUUGUUCCCGGCAGCAGCAGCACCUCGACCGGCGUUGUCCCUGAGUACACUGGUGCUGCCAGUGCCAACAAGGCCAGCGGCGCCGUCGGGCUUGUUGCCGCCCUUCUUGCCGUGUUCGCUCUUUAA